UCGUUAAAUUGUGGCGAUGAGGCAAAUAAGCCGCGAAAUUCUGGGGAAGGGCAUUUUAGCGUCGCUGGGUUGGUAAGGGAAAGGGUGGGUAAUUACAUGGUUUUCGCUUAAUUAGCAUGUAUGUUAUUUCAAUAGAUAUAACUGUCGACUUUCGUUUUAGACAAAUUUCAUAUAUACACGUUUUUGACAUAAUAAUCAUAUUGCACCCUGGGGUUGAUGAGCCCAGAUUGUAGAAAUCUUCUGGCCAAUUUUAAUUCAAACGCUCUUGAAGAAAAAGGAAUUAUUUCGAAGAGCAUCGAUCCUCACUCAGUUUGCUCUACUUUUGAGGGGUCGUUUGUGUCUAACAGCGUGCAGCAUGAAUACGGAUUCCAACGGAGACAUAACCAUCGACGACUUCCCCGGAAAAUGGCCUGAUGGAAUUACACUUCAAAGUUCCCGCAGAGGAGUGAUGUCGCCCCGUUGACCGCCCAGUGACGGCUCGGCUGAUCGGCCUCGGAUCAGGUGCUGGAGUCAGAGCUGGCCGACCGUGCUGAGGACGGGCCGAGCGACGAGGGUGCCACGGACAGCCAGCAGACUCCGAGGACAGCCGGACAGGACAGGCAGGAGGGCGCGGACACGCAGAGACAGAGCGGCCGGCAGGGCAGCAAACGGACUCGGGAGGACGACAACGGGCGGGGUGGUAAACGAACCCGAGAGGAGGACAGCGGACAGGGCAGCCCCACCGGCAGCCGGCAGCUCAGCCAGCACAGCGGGAAGAGGAGCAGAGACGGCGACCCGCCACGGAGCAGAGACAGCGACCCGUCACGGAGCAGGGACAGCGACCCGUCACGGAGCAGAGGCCCGGAGCCAGCGAUGACCGUCCGGGUGGACCCCGCUCCCGCGGCGUCCUGUGACCCGACGGCAGACCAGGGGCGACCGGCGGGGGAGGCGCCCAGCCGCGGCGGCAGCGUCACCUGCAGCGAGUGGGGCGAGUUCUGCCGCAUCUGCCACGAGAGCGGCGAGAAGUUACCCCUGGUCACCGCCUGCCGCUGCACGGGCUCCAUGCAGCACGUCCACAACGAGUGUCUGAUUCGCUGGAUCCUGAGCUCGUUCAACACCCAUUGUGAGAUCUGCCUGCACAGAUAUCGGAUAGGCACCACAGGGAUGCGGAUGCCGCACCUCUGGAAGCUGCCGGUGACGGACGGCGUCGAGCGCUACCACAUGCUGCUCUGUGUGGUGGCGCUGGUCGUAUUGGCCGGCGUCAUCUCCUUCCUCAUCUAUGUCAGCACGGACGAGGGCCGCGAGGCGCGCACCUACCGCAACAGCCCGCUCGCGCCGGCGCUGUAUGCUGUGUACGCCGUGCUGGGACUGGUCUGUCUGGGCCUGGCCACCGCCGAGCUCCACUACACCGUCUGUCCGCUGAUCGAGCGGUUCCGGCUGACCAACAUGAACCUGCUGGUGGUGCCCUACGACCCGGAGCAGGGCAGUCUCGACUCGCUGGAUCGGAUCAGCGCCGAGUUCGUCACCGUGUGACCGAGGAGCCGCCGGUGGUGUCAUCUAUAAACCCGGUGUGGACAUGUCGACAGGACGGCGCGCGACAGGUAUGGGGCGGACGCUGCUGUCAGACCGGUGUCUAAAAGCUGGCGCUGACCGUCCAUUGGUAGCAAUAAGCCGGCGGAAGCAUGCCUCUGGCGCUGUCCUGACUAAAUGAGAGCCUCAUAUCGGCCACCAAAGACGACCGUCUUUACUGCCACCUCGCUUCCACAGUAGCGCAAGAAGAUACGCCGUUCUGUUCUACGGCGGCUCCCACUGUGGUCUACGUACCGAUGAAGCACCCGUGACUAGAGUGGGGCCUGCACGACUGACACCAUCACAUAACAUGGCAGCCGCCGGGCGGGUCGAAACGAGGUCAAACAUCCACCAAUACAAUCGGGAAAUUCACGCAAGUCGACAGAGAAGCGGAAACGGCUAACUUUUGUGAUACGUGGAAUGAGCAUUGACCAAUUAAGGGCUGUUCGUUUAUAGAGAUACGUGUGAAGGCGACUGUUUUUGUACACUAUACAUACAUGGUCGUAGCGCCUAUGAUUGGAACAAAAUGAAAAAAACAUCUAAAAAUAUAUCGGGGAUUUGGA